AUGAAUAAAACAGAAUGUACAGCGGGAUAUUUUGGCCCAUUCUGCAAUGAAUCCUGCCCUCCAGGAAGGUUUGGUCCCAGAUGUGGCGGCUGGUGUUCUCCAAAGUGCACGGCCGAAUACUGCAAUCAUAUCAGUGGAUGUCAUCUUAUAAUCAAAAACACUGUUCAGCUGACGGUGUCAGAGCGUGUUAAUAGUCCACGUACACCUGAAAUAAUAAGCCGGAUUGCGGAAGAAAACCCCCAAGGUCUGGCUCCAACAACCAUAACCUCUCUACUUUCAGAAACCAAUACAAAAAAACAAUUUUUCAGUAAAGAAACGCCUUUCCAGAAAAAUGAAAUAAAUACGAAUUAUAUACUAGCCGGAGCAGGGGCUGUUAUUUUUAUGCUUCUCAUUAUUAUAGUGAUACAGACAAGUAGAAAGUCAAAACCAUCAAAAAGGAAUAUUUUACAUCAACAUAAAAGUAUUGAAAAUCAAACAUGUGAUGAAACCUUCAAACGAUCUCCAAAUGACCACAGUAAGAAAUAUUUGAAUAUAACCUCCUCUAAACAAUCAAAGCACGUAUAUCAACCAAUGGACCCUGUGUAUCAUGAGAUCGAUGAGUCUGUGGAGUUGAUGCCAAUUCCAGCUUCUACAGAAACAGCAAUGGAGUUCGGAGAUCACAACCUUCCGAAAUGUAAAAAGAACCCAAUCAAUGUUACGGAAAACGAUGAUUUAAAUGCUGAAACAAGCAUAUCGUAUGUAUCACCGAGUACAUGUCUAGACACAAACAAAGCAGACUAUCUUCAGCCUGUUUUCGUUCAAGCAAAUAUAGAAAUAGAGAGCAAGCAGGAGACUCAUUCGUAUAUUGAUGUGACAGGAUGAUAUUCAGUUAUGAUUUAGGGAGUACAAUAAAAAGACACAAACAUCAAGACAAGAACACAAGCUUUUAAGUGAAUUGUUUCUUUAAGAAAAAAAACUAUGUUAAGAAAAUAUCGUUCUGAGUUCAGAUACGUUUCUUUAAAAUACACGAUAUGACUCUAAGAACAAAAAGGACAGCUUCAGCUGAAGUUUGGUUUAUUAUUGUUUAUUGAAAAGGAAAUAUCGUGGUAGAGAAAAAAAAAGGAUCACAUGCAAUGUCGGUUACCCAGAGUUCAAAAGUCUACAGAUUUGUCUGGGAAUCCAAUAUAUGCAUUAAAUAAAUACAACAUAUGGUAAUGAUCCCUUUCCUACAUGAAAUCUUGCAUCAAGGAACAAGGAAAUUAUAAUUAAUUAUUAAAACAGAUAAGAUAACAGGAAUAAAUGAACGAAUAUGGAAAAAGGUAUAUUAGUUGGUAACAUUUUUCUUAUGAUUUGUUCACUGUCAAUAUUGCUUUAAGUUUGUAUGUUUUUAUCAGUGACAUAUUUUAAAAGCAGUUUUAUGCUAAUUAUGAAAAUGCUCUUUGUUCACUGAAGUGAAAGAACCAUUUUAACGAAUCGAUAUUGUAAAACCCAAGGAUGCAUUACCUUUAACUUUCCAACAUGUAAAAGACUAUUAUACGUUUAACAAUUUCGAACCACAGAUUUUGUAUUAUA